UUAACACCUCAUGUCCCUUCAUCUUCACCAUCUUCAUGUUUUUAACGCAGACACGCGCCGACACGCGUUCCACUAAAAAGCAAGAAAAACAACACACUUUCCUUCCCUUAUAGAAAAACCGCCUUCUCUCAUAAUUCCCUGCCUGUCGUUUUUACUAUAUCUUCGAACCAAACCCAAACCCAAACUAAACCAAACCCAUUUCUCUCUCUUUAAUUCUCUCAAAUGGGCUGCUUUAGCAUCGCUCACCACCCAAAUCUCCAGCGACUCAUGUCAUCGUUAUCUCCCCUUUUGCAUUUCUCUUGUUUUUUUCUUUGAAUCUGAACAAAACCCAGCUCAAAAAGCAGUUCGUUGCCUGUUCAUCAUGGAGGGAGAGACGUCGUGGAUCAAUGAUUGCUAUGAUGAUGUGGCGAGAGAUGUUGAGGAUUUUGAUUCGUUCUCAGAGCUUAGUGAUGAAUGCAAUAAAGAAAAUAAUGCAAUUUCUCUGGACUUAAUUUUACCUGAUGAUUUGUUGGAACGGAUUCUGGCGUAUCUUCCCAUCGCUAGCAUCUUCAGAGCAGGUUCUGUGUGUAAAAGAUGGCGUGAGAUCGUUAGUUCGAGGAGGUUUUUAUGGAACUUCUCGCGUGUUCUGUCACAAAAGCCGUGGUACUUUAUGUUUACAAGCUCGGAUGAACCUGUUGGCUAUGCCUAUGAUCCAAUUCUUCGGAAAUGGUAUGGCAUCGAUCUCCCCUGGAUCGAAACAUCCAAUUUGUCUAUUGCUUCAUCUUGUGGUUUGGUUUGCUUCAUGGACAACGACAGGAGAAGCAAGUUAUAUGUCUGCAACCCUAUCACCAAAUUCUGCAAGAAGCUCGAGGAGCCGUUGGGUUUAAAAAUUGCUGAUUACAGUGCACUUGCAAUUUCAGUUGACAGAAUUGCACACGGGUAUACAAUAUCGAUUGUGAAGUCUAAAGAAGUCCCGGGAAACUUUUUUCAGUGGGAUCUCACUAUUUAUACUUACGAUUCUGAUACGCGGAUGUGGCUGACUUCCUGGAGUGAGGUUAUGACAGGGUGGAGAAGCGGCCACGAGAGUGUGAUCUGCGGUGGGGUUUUGUAUGUUUUAAUCUACUCAACCGGAGGCGGUAUGCCAGAGAAUCGUCACGGUUUAAUCACGUACAAUCUCUCCAGUCGAUCUUCUCACGGUCUGUUAAUAAUGAGUUUCAUCCCAGUACCGUGUCCGCUUACUUGUGGCCGUUUGAUGAAUUUGAAGGAUAAGCUGGUAAUGGUGGGCGGAAUUGGUAAACCUGAUCGUCCUGACAUAAUUAAGGGUAUCGGUAUAUGGAUCCUGAACGGUAGAGAAUGGCAAGAGAUGGGCCGUAUGCCGCACAAGUAUUUCCAAGGAUUUGGGGAGUUGGACGACGUAUUCGGUAGCAGCGGCACGGAUGAGCUUAUAUACAUCCAGAGUUAUGGAGCUCCAGCUCUUCUUGUUUUUGACAUGAAUCUGAAACAAUGGAAGUGGUCACAGAAAUGCCCGGUGACAAAGAGGUUCCCACUUCAGCUCUUUACUGGUUUUUGCUUCGAACCCAGGCUUGAGAUUGAGCCAUAAAUGUUACUAAUUUAUAUGAAAGUGGCUGUGUUGGCAACUUUCUGUGAGAUGCCUAUAUUUUAAAUUUUGUUUGUUUUAGCUCUGAUUUUUAAUCAUUACGAAAUUUGUUCUGGAAAAGUUCAUAGAAAAUGUAACAGCAGAUAGAGCUGCUCAUUCAUGAAGAUGAGAAUAUUAUUUUUUGCAUCCACUACAAAUUUUUCAUGAUGACAAAAAAAUUGUGAUGAUCUGUCCUCUGUUAAA